CCCACGUUGUGCUAUGUGCACCCGAGUAAAGUGACCCAUCCGGUUGCUAGCUAAUCCAUUUUAAUGCUAAGCGCGGACGGCAGAAAAGCGGUUUCCCAUUCCAGUACAAUGAGCCGCUCCACCGUCGCCUUCCCUACACCGGAUCCUCUCUUUUCUACGCGAGACUCAAGCAACUUGUCCUAAAACCUAGACCAAGCUGUGCAUGUACUCCUCAAAUCCCAUAAUUCAGUGUGCCAUGCCAAAUGCAACUGAAUACAACUGUAAGCACUAGAGGAUGUCUAAUGACCCAGAACGGAUUACUCUGCUCAUCAUAGAAUGAGAAACUGAUGAAAAAAGAGAGAACCUGAGGAAAGCUGAACGAUCACACACACAAGGGUCAUUCUCGCAGUAGGUUGGCGAGAACUUGAGGAUGACCAGCCUUUUCCGGCGAAGCAAUAGUAAUGGAGGAUCUAGAAGCAGUGGUGGGAGUGAUGGACAGAGCGAGCUCAACAACAGCAGACCCAACCGCCAGGUCCGCCGCCUGGAGUUCAAUCAGGCAAUGGAAGACUUCAAGAUCAUGUUCCCCACAAUGGACUAUGAGGUAAUUGAGUGUGUGCUACGUUCCAAUAACGGAGCUGUAGAUGCCACCAUCGACCAGCUUCUACAGAUGAGCAUUGAUGGACAGACUUCAGAAGAAAGCUCAGACUCUGAUGACAGCAUCCCACCAGAGAUUCUGGAGAGGACACUUGAACCAGACAGUUCAGAUGAGGAACCACCACCAAUCUACUCACCACCAACGUAUGAUAUGCACAUCUUUGACAGAAAAUAUCCAGAAGCCCCACCAACACCCCCACCAAGAUUUGAAACCCAGCCCCCUUCAGGUCACAAGCAGGUCAAAAGCUUCCGGAAUUGGAACCCCCCAUUGCUUGGAAAUCUCCCAGAUGAUUUCCUGAGGAUCCUGCCUCAGCAAUUAGAAAGUGUAAAGCAGAGUACUCUGGUCGAUUUCUCCAAGCCUGGAUCAUCAUCAUCCUCAUCUUCAGUCUCCUUGAGUCACUGGACAGCCCAGUCAAGUUCUCAGUCUGGAGCUGUAGGGACAACUGGUGGUCCAGAUCUGAUGGCAGGAGCUACAGAGCAAGACAAGAAACUGAAGCAGUAUCUGGAAGAUGAGCGCAUUGCCCUUUUUCUACAGAAUGAGGAGUUCAUGAGAGAGCUCCAGCGAAAUCGGGAGUUUCUUGUUGCCUUAGAGAGAGAUCGCUUGAAGUAUGAAUCAAAGAAAUCAAAGUGCAGUCAUUCAUCGAGCUCGGAGAAUUGCACAGAAUCAUUUUCUGCACCUUCAUCUGAGGCUGUGUCAGAAGAUGCACUGUUCAGAGACAAACUCAAACAUAUGGGCAAAUCCACAAGAAAGAAGCUGUUUGAAAUUGCCAAAACUUUCUCAGAAAAGACGAAGAGGAGAAAGUCAAAAAGGAGAACACUUCUAAACCAUCAUUUAUUGGGUACUGCUCAUUCCACAGCCAAUCUCCUUGAUGAUGUGGAAGGAAACUCCUGUGAGGAAGUAAGUCAAUCAAGAAGAGCAGUCACUCAGGAAGAAAAUGAGCAACGCAGUGAACCUGAUUCAUGAUCCCACUUGCUCCACCAUAUCAUCGUUACCAGUGUGACAUGUCAUGACUCCAUUGGUCGUGGCCUUGAAAGCCCUUCCUAUCCCACUCCACCCAGCCUCACCCUGAUACCAGCCAAUGCAAAACUCAAAACAGUUUUUUGAGGACCCCCCCCCCCCUGUCUUUCCAAGGGGAAGACCUGGACUUUAAACAUAUUUGGCCUGACUGUCAAUAAAUACAUUAUUUCUGUAUUAUAAUAGUUGUUGCUAUACCAUUUUAAUUGUAUAAGGAAUUCUAUUGGUCUUUGCCCUUAUUUUUUAACCCCAUCCUCAAAACCUCUCCUUUGGGGUUCACUAACUAUUCUUGCCUUUGUUACUUUAUAUACAGUAUUCCAUGUUUGUGAUUAAGCAUCCUCAGGUUGGGCAUUUAAAAUCCAGAAUAUGGAAAGUGCCCGUUGUAUACACGAGACCAUAUGCUUUUCCUAUAUUUAGAUUAUUAUUUUUUUUUUUCUCAGCAUCUCUGGGGGUUGCUGAAAAAUAUUUUUCAUGCAUCCAAAUAUUGUCCAUUAAAGCUGAAACUGUCCAAAAGUCAUAUGGCAACAAAUUCAUCAGUUGAUCUUUAACAAGCACUUUUUGCGUGUUUUAAGACAUGUAUACCAAGAGGACCAAGAAUAAGUAUGGUGCUUGUGAUUUCCCUGUUAUUUGAAUUUAUAAUGCAAAAAUGACAGACUGUGCACCAUAUUGACAUGUAUAUCUUGUGACAUGGUUACACCUGCAUACUCCUGACAACAGUCUGUUUUGACUAUGACAUUGUGAUCUCAGUUAAUAUAGAGCUGCAUAUGUGUUCUGGUUGCCCUUUUUAGUCAGUUUACUGAACACAACACAGAGACAUGCACAAAGGAACAAAAAUAAACAAGUAGCGACCA